CGUCUUUGCUUCUUUUCCUUCGUCUCUUCUUCUUCACAUUUCUUCCUAUCCUUAACAUUUUCAUUUUCCAUUCAUCUCUCCAUACCUUAUUCCUUACCUCUGGAAGCCUUCCGGUGCUCCGCGCCAACCUUAUUUGACAGCCACCCCUGUGGUGCCGAACAGUAAACUAUCAGAGCAAAUACCCUUGAAGCCCGCCAAAACGACACAUCCGCAUUGGGUUCAUCAGGCCUCCUGGUGUGGAUCAUAGCCCGAUUUCUUGCACAUCCGGCUAUCCGAAUCGUCUUGUCUCCCCGACCCUGUCGCCCGUACCGAUUAUUUAAAUAUUCAUUGGAAAGUCCGUGUUUCAGGAUGCCUGGUUUCAGUUUAUGCGGGCGGGAAAAGGUGGUCCAGCGGAAGCUCGUGCUCUUGGGCGAUGGCGCUUGUGGCAAAACGUCGCUUCUGAACGUGUUUACGAGAGGGUUCUUCCCAACUGUCUACGAGCCAACUGUGUUUGAGAAUUAUGUUCACGAUAUAUUUGUCGACGGAAUUCAAUUGGAAUUGUCCCUGUGGGACACUGCGGGACAGGAAGAAUUUGACCGUUUGCGUGCCCUUUCUUAUGAUGACACCCACGUCAUAAUGCUCUGCUUUAGUGUUGAUAGCCCGAACUCCUUAGAGAAUGUCCAGUCGAAAUGGAUCUCAGAAAUCGCCGAAAACUGCCCCGGCGCAAAAAUCGUUCUUGUUGCCUUGAAGUGUGAUCUUCGAGAAGAGCUCAACGAGAAGGACAACACAGAAGACACCCCAGAACCCCGAAAUGUGGUCACGUAUGCCCAGGGCCUCGAAGUCGCCAAACGUAUCGGAGCAUUACGAUAUUUGGAAUGCUCUGCGAUGAGAAACCGUGGUGUAAACGAGGCCUUUACGGAAGCAUCCAGAGUUGCAAUUACCGUCCGUCCUGCCAAAUCAGACAACGGUCCUAAAUGUGUGAUUCAGUGAAUCACUGCACUGAGCUGAAAAGCUCCAUAUCGCUGCUUAUGUUUUUAUCAUUCCUUUCGUUCGAUCCGCAGAAAUCGCCUGCGCCUCGCCCUCAUUUUGCAACAUACGACUUUUUAUUCCUACGGUGGCCAAAUUCUUGACGUAUUGGGUUGCAUUGGCUAUUUUUCUUUUCUUUUCUUUUUCUUUCGAGCAUACAAGCUGCACAUUACCCCCUUGGAGGCUCCUGAAUUCCUAAUUUACCCUUUAGUGGCCUUCUGGCGUUUCACUUCGACAGUCGACUAUUGUAUAUACCCUUUUUAUCGACUGUAUCUUUGACGAUUUUCCUUGGUCGAAGCUUGCGAAUUUAUUAGUAUCUGACGCUCCUAUGUGAAAUUUCGCUGCUGGCGAUGAACCGUGCAAUGGCGUGUGCAAUGAAGAGAUCUUUUCUGUCAGCGAUGAGUUUACCUUUUUUUUAAUCGCUCAUCUGUUCCCUUGGAGCCGACAUUCAUGCAUCUUUCUCUCUAACACUAUGAAGAUGUAUUAUAAAGCCGUCGUAUGCCCUAUGAAUUUCCUUUUACGUUCCCAGUCGAUUUGUUUCCGCUCGCAGUGGCCUGUUGAUCCUUUUUUUUCUUCUGGCUCUUUUGGUGAAAUGGGCUGUCAAGAUCGAACCA